AUGGGAAGUGGAACAUCAAACAAUCAAUUAAAUAAUUUCAGGUAUCUAUGAUUUAGAUUGGUAAGGAUGCUAUCUUUACUUUAAGAGCCUGAAAGAUUGAAAACAGAUCCAAGUGAUUUUAAUAUCAGAUGGGAUGAUACAACGUUGUUUUCGCAUAAAAAUAAACUCAAACAUUAAACUAAUCUUCUUGAAUUCAUUAGAAAUGUACCUUCAAAAAUAGUUCUAAAUUAAAAUCCAUAAAAUUUAUAAGUCUUUAAUGCUAAGUCUCCAGGGAUCAAAAAGCCAUUUCUUGAUUAUGCUACUACUAAUCUAAUUGAUGUGAUUAGGAAAUCAAAUAAAAUAGAGGUAAGAAUGUGUAUAUUGUAUGAGAAAGUAGAAAUAUCAAUGGAAAAAUAUUUGAGUAUUAAAGAAUCCUAAAUGCUAAGUUCAUAAAGGUAAAAACAACCUAGGAGAUCAUUAUAAGUCUAACAUACAUUAGAAGUUGUCUAAACUUCACAUUUAGAGAAGAGUGUUAAUGAAGAAGGCAUGGCAUAAAUUAACUAAUAUACUGUCUUAGAAUCUUUGGGACAGGGAGCCUUUGGAAAAGUUAAAAAAGCAUAAAAUUUUAAAGGCGAAAUCUUUGUAGAUAUAUUAAUUUGAUUUUAUAGGCAAUUAAAAUUGCAAAUAAAAAAAAGCUAAAAAAGAAACUGCUUUCAAAAUCAAAUGCUUAUACGAUGUUAGAAAGAGAAAUAGCUAUAAUGAAAAAGGUAUCUAGACUGUUAAUUAGAUAUCUCAUGAAAAUGUUGUUCAAUUAUUUGAGGUCAUUGAUGACCCAAAUAAAGAUAAAUUAUAUUUGGUAAUGGAAUACAUGGGCAAAGGAAGUAUAUUAAGCAAAGGAUUCUUUAAAAAAUAGAAAACUACUUCUAAUAUAUUAGAUGAAAUUGAGGAUAAAAAUCCCUUGUCUAGAUUAACAGAAGAAUAAUGUCGACAUUACUUUUCUGAUUUUAUCAAAGGAUUGUAUUAUUGUAAAAUAGUAUUUAUAUAUUAAGUACAUGAAUGUGUCAAUGUGAUUCAUAGAGAUAUUAAACCAGAAAAUCUUUUAGUCAACAUUAAUAAUUAACUUAAAAUUGCAGAUUUUGGAGUUUCUCAUAUUAUGGAAGAUGGAGGAGAUGGAAGAAUAUCCAAUUAAACAGGUACUCAAGCAUAUUUAGCUCCAGAAGUAUUCAAAGGUAUGAAUCCUAUAAAUCAUUUAGGAUAGAAUUUUGAUGGAAAGCCAGUUGAUAUUUGGGCAGGAGGUGUAACUUUGUAUUAGAUGGUCUAUGGAAAACUUCCAUUUACAAGUUAAAAGUCUAUGGAAUUGAGACAACAAAUAUUGGAAGAGAAGUUAUUUAUUUUUUUUAUUUAGUCCUCCUUUUAUUUAACCCCUAGGAUUUUCUAAUUCAAUUAUUAAAUUAUUGUAAGGUUUAUUAUAAAAGGUUCCUGAAAAAAGAAUGAAAAUUGAUUAAAUAAUAAUGGAUGAUUGGGUAACUGAUUUUGGUAAGUAGCCAAUUAUUAAUUAAUUUAUUGAAUAUGUUGAUGUCACAGAAAUGGAUAUUCGAUUUGCUUUAACUAGUCUCAAUAUUUAAAUGGCUUUGAAAAUAGUUGUAAAAUUGUUGUAUUAAGCUAAAAAAGCUAGAAGGAAAAUAGCAGAAAGAAAAAAAAUAUAAAAAUGA